GGGGGGGAGAGGCUCAAGGUGAUCAAGGAAGAAGUAGAAAAGCUUUUAUAAGCAGGUUUCGUCAGAAAAGUCGACUAUUGUGAGUUGAUUGCCAAUUCAAUGCUGGUCAAGAAAUCCAAUGGCAAAUGGCGAAUGUGUUUCGAUUACACUAAUUUGAACCAAGCUUGUCGUAAGGACUAUUAUCCGAUGCCAAUUAUUGAUAAGCUAAUUGAAGCAGCUUCUGGAAAUGAGAGGUUGAGUCUCUUAGAUGCAUAUUCUGGAUAUCACCAAGUUCCAAUGGCCUCAGAAGACGAAGAGAAAACUUCAUUCUAUGUAGGAGAUGAAAUCUAUUGCUAUGUUAUGAUGCCUUUCGAUCUAAAGAAUGCAGGCACUACUUAUCAGCAAAUGGUUAAAGAUCAUAUAGCUGACGUGGAGGAAACUUUCAAUAAUUUGAGGAAGAACAGAAUACGGUUAAAUCCAGCCAAGUGUAUUUUCGGAGUGGAAUCCAAAAAAUUUCUGGGUUUCAUCAUUUCUAGGCUUCUAGGCGGGGUAUCGAGGGUGGCAGUCUUCCACAGAUUUGUUUCCAAAUCUGCUGACAAGUGUCUUCCAUUCUUCAAGAUUAUGAGAUCUGCGGCUCAAAAAGAUAAAUCUGGCAAACAGAAAAAAUUUGAGUGGAGUUCAGAAUGCCAAGCUGCAUUUGACGAGCUCAAGAUUUACCUUAGCUCACCUCCAUUGUUAACGAAAGCUGUUGAUAGGGAGAUCCUUUACUUGUACCUUGUAGAGUUGGGAGAGUUUGAAAUAACGUUCCAACAUAGAUCAGCAAUGCGAGCUCAAGCACUGGCUGAUUUUGUUGUUGAAUGCACAUUUGAUCAGCCAGCUCAGAAAGUCCAACCAGUUACAUGGAUUUUAUACGUUGAUGGUGCAUCAAAUAAUAAAGGAGCAGGAGCUGAAGCAGUCCUAGUUGGACUAGAUGACUAUCGAAGUGAACAUGCUUUGAAGUUUGAGAUCAAUUUUGUUGAGGUUCUGGAUGAGCCUAGCUUCCAAAAGUCGAGGGUCAUGCAAAUCAGCACGGAUCCGAGCACACCAAGUUGGACAAACCCGAUUGUGUCUUUCCUACAUGAUGGGUCAGUCCCUGAUGAUAAGCAAGAAGAAACGAGACUAAGAAAGAAAGUAUCUCGUCCUUAUGAAGCCGAAUAUGCACUCCGAGAGGUCCAUGAAGGUGUGUGUGGAAGUCAUGUUGGUGCUCGAACUCUGGCUUAUAAAGUCCUUAAACAAGGAGACUACUGGUCGAACAUGCACAAAGACGCCACUGAUUUUGUGCAGAGAUAUGGGAUUCCAAAUCAAAUUGUGGCUGAUAAUGGAACUCAGUUCAAUUGCUCAACAUUUAGAGACUUCUACUCUAGUUACGGAAUCAAAUUGCAGUUUACUUUAGUAUACCACCCAGAGUCCAAUGGUAUGGUGGAAUCUGUUAAUAAAGCUAUUUUGGAAGGAAUCAAACCGAGGUUGGAGCAACACAAGGCUAGAUGGGCAGACGAGCUCAACAACGUGCUUUGGGCAUGUAGAACCACGAGUCGAUCUGCCACAGGAGUCCUCAGCCUCAAGGUCACCCAUUUCAAUGAAGGACGAAAUGGAUAAUUGUUUCGGGAGAACCUUGAUCUGCUUGAUGAAGUCAGAGAGGAAGCAUGACUUCGAACUUUGGCAUACAAGCAAAAAUUAGCCAAUUUCUACAACAAACGAGUUCGUCGUCGAACAUUUAGAGUUGGCGACCUUGUUCUAAGAAAAGUAAGCCUAAUGG